AUGGACGUUACAGAGGAGGAGCUAGAUCCUUUAUGGAAGGAUCUCGAUUGUGAGUCUAUUCUUAGUUUGCUGAGCUCUGCCCGCGAGACAGCAAAUCUAGUACAGGAGCUUCAAACGAUCGCACAUCAAGCUGGACAUCUAGUACCUUUAAUCAUUGCUCUUGAUCAAGAAAAUGGCGGCGUCAAUAGUCUCUUCGACGAAGAUUAUAUCUGUCAAUUUCCCAGUGCGAUGGGAAUGGCAGCCACAGGAUCUCCCGAGCUUGCAUACGAAGUUGCCAAUGCUACAGCCAAAGAGCUGUCAGCAGUUGGAGUUAAUAUGAUUAUGGGUCCAUGUCUUGAUGUCCUGACAAAUGCUCGUUAUCAACCUUUAGGUGUCAGAGCUACUGGGGAUGAUCCUCAAGAGGUUUCUCAAUAUGGUAUUGCUGCGAUGAAUGGGUAUAAAGAUGCCGGAAUUGCUACCUGUGGGAAACAUUUUCCAUCUUAUGGGAACUUGGAUUUCUUAGGGUCAUCUCUCGAUAUGCCUAUUAUUACAGAGACCCUUGAACAAUUAAGUCUUGGGGCUCUUGUUCCAUUCCGAAAUGCUAUUCGUGAAGGAAUGGAUUCUAUAAUGGUUGGUGGAUGUGCUAUAGCAAAUGCUGGGAUGAAUGUUAUGCACGCUUGUCUUAGUGACCAAGUUGUGGAUGAUCUCCUACGUAACGACCUUGGAUUCAAUGGUGUAGUUGUUUCCGAAUGUCUUGAAAUGGAAGCAUUAAGUCAUGAUAUCGGCGUCAGAGGUGGUACUGUCAUGGCAGUAGAAGCUGGCUGUGAUAUGGUUCUCCUCUGUCGUUCUUACUCUGUUCAAAGAGAAGCCAUUGCAGGAUUAAAACUCGGUCUCGAAAACGACAUGAUUUCUCGGGAACGUAUCAAUCUCUCUCUUAAACGAGUCCUUAAAGUCAAAUCACAAUGCACAUCUUGGACUAAAGCUUUAAAUCCUCCGGGAAUCAACCAUCUAGCAUCUUUACAUCCUCAUCAUCUCGCUCUAUCGACUAAAGCAUACGAUCACUCAAUAACCAUCAUGAGAGAUAAAGGUCAUCUACUCCCACUGUCGAAUAGUUAUUCCGAAGAUGAUGAUGACCUUCUCCUUCUCACACCUUUGGUAAAACCAUUACCUGCAUCAACCGCAACUUUCAAUAACGAAAAUUCAAAAUCUACCAAUACUGAAUCUGAAAAGUCGCACAGAUCAUCAAUCAUGAGCGGUGAAGGUGUAUUUCGAGAAUUAGGAAGAGCUUUAGCACGUCAGAGACACGGAAGAUUACUUCAUACAUCAUAUACAGCAAAUGGUGUUCGACCUGUUCAUGAGAAUUUGAUCAAUAGAGCAGGAACAAUUAUCAUCAUAACAGCUGAUGCAACACGGAAUUUAUAUCAAAACGGGUUUACAAAACAUGUCGCCAUGAUGUGUUCAAUGCUUAGUUCAGCUGGCAAGAAAAAGUCAUUAAUUGUGGUUUCUGUUAGUUCUCCGUAUGAUUUUGCUAUGGAUAAAAGUAUUGGAACAUAUGUUUGUACUUUUGAUUUUACCGAGACAGCUAUGAAAGCAUUGGUGAGAGCAUUAUUUGGUGAUUUUGUUCCUCAAGGAACAUUACCUGGUACACUUAGGAAAAGUAGGAAAGUACAAAAAUCGAGACAACAUUGGCUGGUGGAGAGUUAUAAUAGAGAUAGAGAUGCGAGGGGUCUUCAAGCACUCAUUACAUCUAUUGAGAAGACAACCCCGCCAAAUCAGCAACCUGCAUUAGCUGGUGCAACAGCAGAUUCAUUUGAAUUGCCACCAGCAUCAAACAACACCCCACUCGAAGAAUCUCACUAUGUCGUCCGUAACAGCAGUACUCAAGCACUCUUCGGAUUCUGCUCCACUACCUACUCCCCAAGUACUCAUACCGGUACUAUCUCUACCCUUUUCGUUGACCCUUCCAAACGUAACCUAUCAAUCGGACAUUCCCUCCAUCAACGUGCUCUCCGUCACCUCCUCCAAAAACCCAACAUUACCCACCUUCAACUCGGUUCUACCCUUCCAGCCAUCUACCUCGGUAUCCCUAUGAGUGAUCUAACCGAAGGUGCACGUCUCAAACAUUGGUUCGCAACAAAUGGCUGGGACGUCCUAACCCCACGAUUUCUCUACACGUUAAUAAUCCGCAACCUCGCACUCUGGACACCCCCAGAAGGUUUACUAGCAACCAUCGAACGAGUAUCCCUCCAAUUCGAUCUAAUCCACGGCCCAUCAAACUCCGCAACCCAAGUCCUCGAUUUCGUGCAAACCCACUCAUCAAGUGUCGAAAUCCAUAGUCUCUACAAUCUCGCCAUCAUGGAUCCCAAAUCCUGCGGUAUCGUACGUGCGAAAUCACCAAUCGAUGGGUCGCUCGUCGGUACCGUUAUUAUAUCUCGUUCCGAUACACUGCUUUCGCGCUGGAUGCCUGUACUUUCUUCUUCUCCUUCUUCAUAUUCUCAUUCUAAUUCUGGCUCGAAUUCUAAUUCUCACAUAAACCCAAAUAAUGGAAAAGGUAAAGAAAAAGAAGAUAAUAGAGGAAAUGGAAAAGGAAAUGGAAAUGGAAAUGCAGUAGGAGGAAUACUAGCUCCGAUCAUCCCAUCGAAUAACGCGCAGAGAGAAAUGAUUUUACAGGGUUUGGUCAUGUUGAGUAUUCGACAGAAUAAAAAUAAGGGGGAUGGGAAGGGAGUUGUGUUGAAUUGGGUGGUGGGUGGUGAUAGGGAUGUUUUGUUAGGGAUGGGUUUUGAUGUGCUGGAAGCGUGGGAGGAGGUUGUUUGUUCGGUUGAGAGGUGGAGUGAGAUGAAUCUAGGUUGA